UUUGGCCUGCGGUCACGCUGGCUGUCUUGUGUUUAGUUGAGGAUAAUGAAAAAUUUUUGUUAUUGAAAAGUUUUAAUGCAAAGCAAGCUGCAUAAACAAAAUGCACAUUAAACUGGAGAGCUUUAAAAUCAAUGCGAAUUGUUAAAUUGCCGCGCAAACAACAAUAUAGCCCAUCGAAUCGCAAUAAUAUCAAGAAAAACAACAAAAUAGUUACAGCCACCCCCGAAACAAGAACAAAAACAACCAAAUAACAAAAAUGUUUGCACAAGCGGAAUCCGAGAAAAGCAGCUUCCUGGAGCAGACAAAGGCAGCACGAGAGGAGCGUGCGCUGGAGAAGCGACGUGAGGAGGGAGCUAUUCUAUUGCAAGCGACCCUCAAGGGAUUCGUCGCACGCAGCAAAUACCAAAAGCGCAUCAUCCAAGACUUUGACGCGCUUUUAACGGACGAGAAAGAAUCGGAUCCGCUGCUACCCGCCGUGCAGGUUUAUCCCGUGCUGCGUCGUUUUCUCACACAAAUCAAAUUGGACAAAAAUGAUGGACGCAUGCGUGAACGUCUCGAGUCAAUUUGUCGCUAUGUGAAUCGUGCCAUGGAGGUGGAUAAUCCCAAGAUUUCCUAUGCCGCACUAUGUCUGCACAAAGAGCGCAGUUUGCCGUGGAUUGGACACAUUAAACUACUGCUAACAAACUGCUUACUGCUUUUGCCAGAACUCAAACCCGAGAAUCAUGCGGACAGCAUAUCAUUGGCCCUCUUUCUGCACACACUAAUUGUGUUCACUUCACCCAAGUCGUGGUCCAUACUGCGCAAUCCGCAGUUUGAGCGUUUGCAGCCGGCCAUGCAGAAGAUAUGUUGCAACAUUCAGGGGCAUCUAGUGCAGCAUGGUUUCUACAAGACAAUGCGGCUUAUACUGCUGCGUGGAACUGCUCGUGAGGAGCUGUCUGUGAAGACUGUGACGCUAGUGGCCAUCGUUACACUCUGUCUGCGUCCGCUCAUUGAUGGCGAUUACAGUCGCAAUUUAUUAUCUCAGUUUCUCAGCGAAAUUUUUUCGGUGCCCGCUCUCAUUUAUCAUCUACAUCAGAGCACGCCGCAGUGUAUCGAACAGUUUGGCUCUAUGUUGCUGUUGAAGCGUGCGUUGAGCAUUUCAACGGAUUUUCAAUGGUUCGAGGAGUUUGCGGCUAGUAUGUCCGGGACCAAAACGCUGGCGUAUCUGGGCAACAUUGUAAACAUGUUUAACAUUGACAAUCAAUCCGAGGCCAAGCAAUUGGCCUUUCCACUGCUAACCGAGACCACCACAUCGCUGCUGGAAUUAAUACCCAACACGGUGACCACCAAGGGCGUUUUUACACAGUGGCACGAGCUACUCGGCUGGCAUACACCUUGUGCGGAGCCAGCGCAGAACCAAAAUGUGGCCCUUAUCAAGAAGCAAUUUCAUAUGCUGUGGGAUCAUCGCUGCAUCAAACUGCUGCUGGGUGAUUUGCUUAAGCAGAUCAAUGAGAACUACGAACGCAUUGAGUUCCAAUCACCACAACAGCCCUCAACCAGCAAUCUUCUGCGUCGCGCCCUGGAACGUAGUCACACUGGCUUGUUGGCUAGCGCAACUUGCAAGCAGACAAAGGUCUCUUGGCGUAAGCUAGACAAUAACGAUGUGCUGCAAGUGUCACGCAUCUGUGGAAUGUAUUAUGCAGCACUUAGCACUCUCUCCCAAAUGCGUCUCGACAUUCUUACCGGCAUUUGUUAUAAUGAUAAUGUUUUGUAUGACAUUUGGCUGUUGCUCACUUCGCUGGGUCCCAACUGUGGCAUGAAGGAGUAUCUGGAACUGUUGCGCUGCGAGACGGCUGUGCAGAAGCCACAGACAGCCAUGCUCAUGCUCUUCUGUGACUGCAUGACGCACUACGUUACCAUUCUGGAUGAGUAUGAAAUGUACACAGAGCAGUCACCCUUCAAACUCAACGACUAUGUUAUGCUCACGUAUUUUCUGAACAAUAUGCUUUUCAAACUGAUCAACGAUAACAUUUUGGGUGCCAAGAACAUUGUACAAAAUCCAGUUUUCGUUUCGCUGCAUACGCUGCUGCUGUGUCUAUAUCGUCGUGACUGUCGUCGUCCCUUUACGCCGCCCAAUCAUUGGCUCAUCCCCGAGGUGAAGCCGUCGACAUUCAUCAAUGAUCUGGAAAAGGCCAAACGCAAUGCUAUGCUGCUGCUGGCAAAGAUGCCGCACAUUAUUCCCCACGAGGAUCGGGUCAAGUUAUUCCGCAAAUUCGUACAGAACGAGAAGGCUGUUAUGGGUCUGACGGAGAGCGCCUGUGCCUCGCCACGUUCAGCUCUGAUUGUAAUUCAUCGUGAGCGCAUCGUUGAGGAUGGCUAUCGCCAGUUAGCCGCACAGCCCACACAUGCUCUUAAAGGUGUCAUUCGAGUGCGAUUUAUCAAUCAACAGGGCUUGCAUGAGGCGGGCAUUGAUCAGGAUGGUGUCUUCAAGGAGUUUCUCGAGGAGACCAUAAAGAAAGUGUUUGAUCCAUCGCUUAAUCUGUUCAAGACCACAUCCGAUCAGCGACUGUAUCCAUCGCCCAUCUCCUAUGUGCAGGACAAUCAUCUGCAGCUCUUCGAGUUUGUUGGUCGCAUGCUGGGCAAAGCUGUUUACGAGGGGAUUGUGGUCGAUGUGCCUUUCGCCUCGUUCUUUCUCUCCCAAUUGCUGGGACAGACGCAGCAGGCUCUUUACUCAUGCAUGGAUGAGUUGCCUUCGCUGGACAACGAACUCUAUCGCAGUCUCACCUUUAUCAAGCACUACAAACAAGAUGUGGCUGAUUUGAAUUUAACUUUUUCGGUGGAUCAGGAUGUUAUGGGCAAGAUUGUGACGCACGAACUACAUCCUGGUGGCAAGGCGCGUGUAGUCAACGAUCACAACAAGCUGGUCUACAUACAUUACAUGGCCUACUUUCAUAUGAACACACAGAUUCGUGAGCAAACGCAAGCAUUCAAUCGUGGCUUCCGCAGCAUUGUGAAUCCUGAAUGGUUGUCGCUGUUCUCGCCACCGGAGCUGCAGCGUCUGAUCUCAGGUGAUACGGUCCCAUUGGAUCUGCGAGAUUUGCGCAAGCACACACAGUAUUAUGGUGGUUUUCAUGACUCCCACCGCGUUGUUGGCUGGCUGUGGGACAUAUUGGCAAAAGAUUUUACUGAGGACGAGCGCAAAUUGUUUCUCAAGUUCGUUACUAGCUGCUCCAAGCCGCCGUUGCUGGGCUUUGCGCAUCUGGAGCCUCCAUUUUCCAUACGCUGCGUGGAGGUUGGCGACGAUGAGGACACUGGUGACACCAUUGGCAGUGUCAUUCGAGGUUUCUUCACUAUACGCAAAAAGGAUCCACUCAAUCGGCUGCCCACCUCGUCCACCUGUUUCAAUCUGCUGAAGCUGCCCAACUACCAGAAGAAGUCCACGUUGCGAGACAAACUACGCUAUGCUGUGAGCAGUAACACGGGCUUCGAGCUCUCCUAAACUAUUGGAUUUGAACUUGGAGCUGGAGCUGGAUCUGGUUCAAGCAGCCGCUACAUAUCAGAGCGUGCUGAGCUUUCGGUGUUGUUAUCUCUUUCAAUUAUUAUUCUUAACGUUUCUUGCUGAAAUGUCGUUAUACACAUGUAGAUAUAUAUGUCCCUUUCCCCCGAACACUCUCCAUCUUUUUAAUACAUUAUUAUCAACAUUUUGGAUGUUGAAUUGAUUUUUUUAUGUAUGUAAGUAAGUUUCAGGCAAUUGUAUAUUGUGCGUGUGUGUUUUUAGAUAUUUUAUGAAACACAUUUUUAUCAAUUGAUGAAAAGCAUAAAUAAUUAUUACACAUAUUAAUGAAUAUAUAUAUAUAACUCAUUGUAUGUAUAUGUAUAAACGUAUAGCUGUGAUAAACAAAUUAUAAUAAACACAAAAAAACGACAAAAUACGAAGCUAAAUUAAUAAAAAAAAAACAAAAACAAUAUAGUUAAUUUGAAAAACGAUAAGCAUAAGCAUAAACCGAAUUAAUUGUACUAUUUAUAAUUUGGACGUGCGAUAAAUAUUUAAUCCACAAACGUCAUAAGUUAAUAAUGUGAAACACAAGAAAAACAAAAACCAAAACCAAAAGAAACAGCAACAAUAAAUCUAAAUGUCUGAU